GCGAGCCCGGCGGCCCCUGCAGAAGAAUUAAACAAGACGCAACAACAGGGAGGAGGGUGGUGGAAUGUAAACAACAACAACAACAACCCUACCCGCCACCACGCGGCGUGUUGUUGCGUGACGAAAGUAGCAGCAGCGUCAUCACCACGUGUAGCGUCAUCAUCAUCACCACGUGUAGCAGCAGCGUCGUCAUCAUCCACGCAAUGUCUGCCGGCAGGGAUGACUCCUCCUCCUCCUCCUCGACCUUCUACGACGGCGAGGAGCUGCACUGCGACUGGCACCAGUCCACGCUGCCCAGCGAGGACAUUUGGAAGAAGUUUGAGCUCCUGCCCCCCGCGCCGGACGGAGCGAACUCAACGCCAACGCCGCCGCCCUCGGGCGAUCCGAGCCGCGAUGGCGGCGAAGUGGCGAGCCGCGGCCACGUCUGGGACCCCGCCGCUGCAGUUGCCGGCGUGGGAGCCGUGGGAGCCGUGCUGCUGCGGGACUGCAUGUGGAGCAGCGCCGCCUCCUUGGCCAGAGCCACGCUGGAGCGGCUGGCGCCCGCCGACAAGUCGGCGCCGCCGCCGCCGCCCGCGGUCUCCCGCGCCGUGCCGAGCCCCACGGCCGCCGCGGUGCCCGCCGAGAUGCUGCCCUUUGAGCCGGGAGGGCGGCACCUGCCGGCCCGAGGGGCGGGAGAUGGGGAGAUGUUGGACGGGGCGAUGUCUCCCGGCAACGAGACGUCCAGCGAUUCGGCGGGCGAAGAAGAGGUUCAACUCCUCUGCCAGAGCGUUGUCACCAUCAGCAGCUCCGCGGUUGGCCCUGUAGUUGGUGAGGUGCUGGACUCCCUGCCACACCUGCCUGCUGUCGUGACUGUCCAGGCGUUCCUCAAUUCUCCUCCUGUAGUCUGCUUUGGCCUUGCAGAUGCCUCUCUUCAGGUCCUGAUGUUCGAAGACCCCCCAGUCGGUCCUAUCAAAGCAGUCCUGCAGCUGCUGGGUGGCACCCUCAGGCCAGAUGGCGACAGUUUUUGUGUGGUAGGAGCCGUUUUCUUGAUGGGGGCGUAUGCAGGGAUCAAAAGCAGGGACAAAUGGUCAGACUGGCCCACGUGCGACGAUGACGACGACGCGGAUGAGGAAGAUGGAGAGAUUGACGUGGUGACCGUGGAGGAGGGGAGCCACGCCACAACGAGCGUGGCGCUACGCGCCGUGCACGACACAAACACGGCCCCCCGGUACAACGACAACAACCGGCGGCAGCGGCGGCAGCAGCGGCGGCGACUCGCCCCGCCGGCGUCCACGCCGCCCGUGCACCAGCAGCAGCACAACUACGCCGCCCCCUCGCCGCCUGCGCGCGGGGCGAAGACGCCGCCCCCGCCGGCGCCGCGGGGAUCCGCGCGGAGCCGGGGCGCCGCCGGCGGGGCCGGCUCGUCCCGCGCCGUCUCGACGGGGAGCGGCGGUGGCCCUCGGAGCUCCGGCGGCUCGGAGGGGCUUGGCGAGCGGCACAACGACCAGGAGCGUCGGCGGCGCGACUCCAUCAAGAAGGGUUUCCAGUGGCUGCGCGGCGGCAUACCGGAGCUGGCGCACGACGAGAAGGCGGCCAAGGCGCAGAUCCUGAAGCGCGCGAUAGAAUAUUCGCGCACCCUGAAGCGCGAGGAGGAGAGACUCAAGGCGGAGAAGCGGCGCGAGCAGAUUCGACGUCGGGAGCUGCUGGCGAGGCUGGAAACCCUGAAGAACUCGUUGGCCGAGCGGUCUCCAUUUGCAUCUCGUUUAAAGACUUUAAACCGAAAGUUACUUUUGUUUUGA